CCACCGUAGGUGCGUUGUCUGUGCUCCUUGUCGCUGUCAACCAUGAGUAUUUAUUUUUUAAGUUGCCCAAGUAGUUUUGAGUCCUCUGUGCCUUAGAUCGCCGCAAAGCGCCUUUAUUCUGAGAUCUGCAUCAUGUUCACGACCACCGGUUCCCGGGGGCUUUACAAAGCACCGCUGUCCAAGGGCCUUCUAAUGGUGUUAAGUGGUCUGACGGUGUUGCUGACGCUACUGCCCCAGUAUCACGGACUAUUUGCCUACAACCUAGAGGCAAUCAAACAGGAUCAACAGGUGUGGAGGGUGGCCUGUGGACGUCUAAUCUGUCUAGACCUGAAGGACACCUUUUGCUGCAGUCUUCUCUACUACAACUUCCGUAUUUUUGAAAGGAGGUUUGGAAGCAGAAAAUUUGCUUCUUUCCUGUUUGGGACCUGGAUCCUGUCUGCCUUUGCUGACUUCCUGUUGGCGGAGGCUGUCCACUUCCUGUUCGGUCACCAGGUGGAGGAGCUACCAUCAGGACUCUUGUCCCCUGUGUUCGCCCUCUACGUGCCUUUCUACUGCUCCAUCCCCAGGGUUCCUGUCACCCAGCUGCUGGGGCAUAUCUCUAUCACGAACAAGUCUCUGGUCUACAUCAUAGGCCUUCAGUUGCUGACAUCAAGUCCCUUCAUGUGGUUGGUAGCUCUCAGUGGCCUGACGUCUGGAGGUCUGUACCACUGUAAUGUCCUGGGGAUCCAGCAGGUCCUUUUUGUCCCCUCCUGGCUGUCCCGUGUGGGGGGCUUCCUCUUGGAGCCCGUGUUCUCCGGCCCCCAGCCCCCCCAGGAGAUGCCCCUGGGGAUGGGGGCCACCUUGGACAUCCAGAGGCAGCAGAGGAUGGACCUUCUGGACCAACAGCUGCUCCUGGCUCAGUUCAACCACACCAGGAACCCCCCGCAACCUCAGGCUGGCCCACUGAACUGGUUCUUCCCCUCGCUGCGUCUCAGAGGACAGAACCGUCCCCCUGCCCAGCCUCACCCCUCGCCUCAGGCUCCUGUAGACAACACACCCAUAGCAGAGGACCAGAUUACCAGAUUGAUGGAGAUGGGCUUUUCCAGGCCUGCUGCCCAGGAAGCUCUCAGAGCUUCCAACAACGACAUCAACAUGGCAACCAACUUCCUGCUGCAGCACUAACCGUUCGGGAGGACGUGGAAUGAGGGAUUGAGGAGGGGGCGGAGAGAGAGAUGGAGGUGGAGAAGGAAGAACAGAUGACCUUGUCGGGUUUCCUAGUCCCCGCUGGCUAGAGCAGAACUAUCCACUGGAGGUCCCCUCACCCCAAACCAAUAUGGCUGUAAGCAGGAAGUUGGUGACUACAGACUAGAGAUGAGUUCUACCCAGCAACAGAGUUAGACGGAGCCAAUAGGAGCCUGCCCACUUGAAGAAGAAAGGACUAGACAAUACAUCUCUUAUACAGAGGUGGACUACAUGUGAACACACACUAGGCGAGAGGAGGUACAGCGGGCUUAAAUCCUUCCUGAAAGAGGAGCAGCACUUCCUGAAAGAGGCAGCCUCAACCAGAGGACUUCCUGGAAGAAGUGUGGCUUAGGUCCAGCCUAUGAUGAGGCCCCACCCCUCGUGGGGGAUAAGACUAAGGGCUAGUAGUAUGAUAUUGCAUCACCCUUGUUAGUUAUCUCUCACACACGCACACGCACACACACACUCACACUACUGGUGUGUGACCUUUAAACUGAGCUAUUUUCACACACAAAGCUUGUCACAGGUGUCAUCUCUUUGCUCUGCGGUUUCUUCCUCACUUACCACUGCCGGGUUUGACCUAGGGUCAACUCCCUCAAGCAACGGCCUCCUUUCAGAAACACCACUUUAGCCAACGAUGCUACCCAAAUUGGAUGGUGUGGGUGGGCCGUAUGUGUGCUGAGGCACGGUUUAACCAAUUCAGCUUGGCUACACAUCCACCACAUGCAAAACACACACAUAAACACAGCUGCCAGCCCCAACCACGUUUCUCUCAGUUCUUCAAUGUCCUUCCCUGUCUACUUAACCCAAAGCCUUAUAGGGAAGGCUGAGGAGGUGUUAUUUUAGUGAGUGUCACAUUAGAUAUUCCCAUAGUAUGGAUGGCCUGUAUGGAGAAUGCCUCAAUACUGCAUUUUGUGAGAGAAAAAAUACAUACUCAUAAUGUUCUGGAUAUGUUAGUGUUUUCACUGAAAGAUUAGGAAUGAAUGCAUAUAAGGCAAGCUGACCGACUUCUAUUGUGUGUGUGUGUGUGUGUGUGUGUGUGUGUGUGUGUGUGUGUGCGAGCGAGCGAGCGCGCGCAUGCGCGUGUGCAUGUCUGUGCCAGUACAGCUGUCCAGAUUGACUAUUGGACUGAAUGAUGUGAUUUCACAGUUAUCUGAGGAUGAAAUCCUAUUUAUGAAAACAUUUUUGAUCAUUAUGAAUAACCACAGGACUUUCGUCCUGUAUUCGUUGACUCAUAACCACUAUUGAAAAUAAUAAUCCAUAAUCAAUAUUAGUGUCUGGUUGGUACAGCUGUGGUCUCAUGUACAGUGUGGAAUUGACUGCUCUAACCUGUGGAGUUGAUGAAUCCCUCCAAGGUUGUAGUGCAGUACAACAAUGCUCUGAGUGACAGUUGCAAUGCCCCGUUGGAAGCUGUGAACUACUCAUGUGAGUAUGAACUUAGUUACAAGGUGCAAGCAAAACGGAAGACUUGUAUCCAAUAAAAAGAACGCCUACCUACCUCUCA